CUGUUCUGUGCCGAUAUCACUUUUACUGUUACUCUAUUCAUUGCGGCGCUGUUCAUUGUUUGUAUGAUACUCAGUGACAAACAAGAUCGCAUCUCCAUUGUGAAAAAUUUAAGUAGAUAAAUGAAGAUGGAACGACCACCACCACGGCGACCGGAGGUGCGAUGUCUUUUCUUAGGCAAUCGAGGGACAAUGUUCUUCGUGGUGAAGAUAGAAGAUGCCCGCAAUUUUUCUCGCGGGACCUAAGGCGCAAGCGUCUGAAGUUCGCGGAGAAUGGGUUGCUUUUCUCGGUGGUGGCGCUGCAUCGCCGUAGUCUCUCUGAGGCUAGUGCGGGUUCUUGCUGUAGAAGAAAAGCUGCAGAAGGAAAGCGGGGGUCCAAGUUCAUCUCCAGAGGACGGAGGCGGGGUGCAUCUUACUAAAGAGGAGGAGGAGUUGAUGAAAAUUGAAAGCCACUUCUGGUUGUUUUCCUUCGUCGAUAAACAUGGCAGAGAGCCGCAUGAAGGACUAGCUGUUCAUGCCUUCACAGCGGAAGCGAAGCUCGUGGAUCCACAGGACGAUGGGGGGCGUAUUUUGGCGUUGAUUGAGCAGCAGGAGAGAGACCACAACAUUCCAAAACCUGCACAGGACGAAGGUGGGCACAACUUUUCUCUCGGGCGUGUUCUAGUCGCUGCCAUCGACGCGUACGAAAAAUCCUUUCACCGGAAAGAAGGAGAAGCUGCGCCCGACGGUAGGUUGAAACAGGCUUACGACAUGAUCGUGGAAACAAGCGGGAGUGCCGGGAGCAAGUCCGUCAAAUUCGCAGUACAAAAGCCGGACGUAAGCCGGAUCAUCCCCCUCAAGAUAAGAUCACCCCCCUCAAGUUUCCAAGAUCACCCCCCUCAAGGGCGUCGGGUUUAGGUUUUAGGGCUUAGGGCUUAGGGUUUCGGCGGUGUCGUCUGGGCCAGCCGUCGCGACGGCGCCGUCGCGACGGCUGGCCCAGACGAUUCCCUUUUGCCCCUUCCUGUUGCGGGUCGGAGGCACGCGCCGCCUCGUCGCCCUCGCCCCCCGCCCUGUGUUUCCCUCCCCGUUCCCCCCUUCGUUGGUUUGCCGUGCUCCCGCUCGGGGGGGCGCGCUCUUUGUGCCGCCUUUGCUGCCUCGGCGGGCGAGGCGCUAGGCGCUUCCGGGCCUCCUCGGGUGGCUGCCCGCCUGUCGCACAUCUUGAGCCAGGAAUCCUCUUGGAAGGCCUUCCAGCAUGCAGAUACCAACGCCGCCCCGCCCUGCCCCCGGUCUGCCUGCCGCCGGCCCGCCUGCCCUUGUCCCCCCCCCCGUAGCCUGGCUGCCUGCCCCCGGCCUCGCUCGUUGCCCCCUUGCUUCCUGCCCCCGGUCCACCCCCUGGCCCCCCUCACCCCCCCCCUGCAUCUUGAGGGGGGUGAUCCUUGGGGGGAUGAUCCUGCCGAUGUCCACAAAAGCCGGAAGGCAGCCCCGAAAGCGCAAAGGAAGGUGAAUUUACAGUAACAACCCAGGUUUGGUCGUACUUCAAGGGACUCGGAGUAACGGUGACCGAGAAUGCCGACGGUAAUAGUUUUUUGAUUCUCGACAUGUUUCUGGCGGAGCCAGGGAGUGACCCAGGGAAAUUGAAAGUGAUGGACAAAGCUAACGAUUCCGAAAGAACAGUGGAACGAAAACUUUUUGUCGGCUAUCUGAAUGACAGGCUCUCGAAAGCAAUGGUGAGAAAAGUGCACGGCGGAUGGGAUAGGUACAAGCACGAGGGUGAAGCAGUCACGAUGGAAUUUCAACGUCGCGCGAUGGUCUCUCUAUUACGAGGCGAAGAUCAAGGGCACGGACACGGUAAGGAGAAGCCGGGGACCGGCGGAGCAGGAGCUGGGCCGGAAAAUCUCGCUUUCGUCGAAGAGGCGGAGCUGAGUGAAUACGGCGCUGUAAAAGGCGAGGCAUUCGAUAUCAAACAGCACGACGGCGCGUCUCCUGCCUCUUCCCCCGCCUCGUCCGCGCUUGAAACAGCCAAAGCAGCUCCGAUGCCCACCUCGCCGGGGGCGGAAGUAGAGCGCCCAGCGACAACAUCAGCAUCCGCUACGUCCGCGCCGUCCUCGACGCGCACAAACGAAGCUGCAGGUAUCCACGCGGAACAAGAAACAGUCGGAUACAAUCCGACCAUCCGCAGUUCUACUCCAAGUUCUGCGGAAAUGAAAUUGCAGUCACCAUUGCCGAAUUUGCAAGCGAAAACCAGCAUUGCUUCUCCGUUUUCGGAAGUGCUGCAAAGCUUCGUCUCCGCCAUCUUCCAGAACCGCGUGAACCACAGCGAGGUCGUCUUGUACGUUACGUUCCUGCUCAUCGUGGCGUUCUUCGUGUUUCUGUUGCGGAAAAAAAUUGCUGCGACGCUUUGCCCGAAAAACGCAGCGAAGAUGAGGAUCAAGCGAAGAAGCAUCGGUGACGAGGGCGAAGAAAUUUCCGGGAGUCUGGAGUUGGAGGAUUCGAUUUUGCAGGAAGAGGGAAAAGAAUCAAACGAUGCCGGUUUUGGUGGCGAGGAUGGUCGUGUUCAAGAGGAGGAUUUAGAAGGUUCCGCCGCAAGGAAGAAGAUUUUGGAGACAUCAAAAACUUCUACCUCAACUUCCUACGGCUCGGUGGAAAGCACGGCUCGGAAAUCUGUCGGGAGUGUGUUGUCUGCGAAAUCGCGCGUCGGGAAGGAAUGUGAGGGAGGCGGGGGAAACGCGUAUAAAUUUUCUAUGAAGCGAUUGAUUUGCAUCUGCUGUGCAUGAACUUCGUGCUGAUGGUCGGUGGAACGCAUGUCGUAGACGCAGCUUCGUAUGGGUUCAAGACAUCAGAGACAAUCACAAUUGAAUCCGAAAAAUCAGUGUGAAAGAAAUGGUGCCCGAACAUGGCGACUUCGGCGCGGGAUUUUCCACCGACAACAAGACAACCCCCAGCGGUCGAAUUGUGGGGAAAUGGAUGAAAUUCGGCCGAGGCGACGGCACGUCAUCCACGGUCGCGGGGGACGAAACCAUGAACAAAAGCCCGACGUUUGACGCGAAGGAACCGUUUUACGACGAGGAAAAGGCGGGGUCCUUACACGAUUUUUCUACUUGUUCUUCCACUUCUGAGGAAACAGAACCUGACGACCACAAGUCUUCAUGCGUUCAUAUUGCCAUAUAUGAGCAUGUCAAAAAUUGCUUCAUCAAAAAAGGUUACCUUCCCCCGACCUGAGCGAGAGCGACUCAACAGAGAAUUUGCAACUCGGUGGUGCGGCCGACAACCUGUCGGGCGACCAUAACCUUCCGUUUUCCGCGGCCGAUCUGGGUAUGGAGGGGGAGACGCAGACUUCGUCGAAUGGAUUGGGAUUUUUCAGGUAGAGACUACUUUUAACGGAUCUGUUGUCAGAGACAAUACAUGCUGCUGUUGUCGAUUUGUUGUUCGUGUGACGUCAGGAAUGAUCUAGUGAAAUCACAGCUCUUGCUCUUUCUCCAAUAUCAGUGCGUCGUCCACGACAACGACCCGCCAAAACCAGUACGGUUCGAACGGGGUCGAAGGGGAUGACCAGCGAACGGAAACUGGCAAGCGGAUUAACGGGUCUACCGCGAACGUCUGAGCGUGGAGCGGUUUUAGAAAAACCGAAAUUCAAUUUGGAUUUGAUUGUAGUGUAAGUAAGUAUAUUAAUGCCUUUUUGAGAUUUUCACUCUCAACUUUCAUUUUUUUCGUUUACCUGAUCAGAUUGUUGUUGUACAAGUUUCGCAUUGAAUAUAAAUACAGGCUGAAAAACAAGCCAAUGAAUUUUGUUUCCGAGAAAGAACAAGGCCAGAAGUGUCUUUUGUAGUGAACAUUAGGAAGCAAAUAAAAAUACCAAUCGCUUACUCGCUCCUGAUAUCAAAUGCAAACACGUCUGGGCCAGGCAAAUAACUGCGGAGUUUGUCAUGCAGAGAUUGCAUGGUCCAGAAGGUCUGGAAUGCGGAGCCUAGCAUCACAGGUUCUGCGAGGGCUCUGCAAUGCCUUCUCAGCAGGAGAAACCCUCUCUCAGUGUGGCCAAAAGUUGAAGUUUUUUCUGCUCGUGCAUGACAGAUUUUCGCGUGACUGGCAGAGAGCAUCACAAGUUUGAAGCUUGCGCCUUUUGUUCUCCGGACCAAGACGUAUUUGCAUGCGAUACCUGACGUCCUUCUCCCAAGAUCAGUCUUCUUUCCGACACGGCUGCCACGGAAAACCCAGUACUCUCCGGAGUCGACGAUUUUUUUUGACGACGAGGGCAAAGUUGAAUUUCAAAUCCGAGUUUUGUUUGUACUGAAUAAAAAAUAAGAUAUCCCAAUCAGAGUUGUAACUUUUUCAAAAUACGUCUUUUUAGCGGAUGGGAUGCGCCAGAUGUUGUUAAUGCAAAUAAAGCUAUCAACAAGUGUUUUUUGUCAUGACGAAAUCACUAUUGCAAGUGCAAAAGAAACUACUCAGCGGACCAAAAAUUUCAAAUGAAAAUUGUACAGCACAUG